ACAACACCAACCACAACUACUCGUGACUAUUCUGGCUGCCCCAGUGGCUUCUCUCUAUUGAAUGAUCAAACUUGUGUGCAAAUUAGUAGGUGUACUCAUUUCUAAGAUUGAAUUCGAGUUUCAGGCAACCCCGAUGUGAGCGUCAGACAACAUGUAUCUCUGUUGCAAUCGGGAAGUUUCGCUGGAAAAUGGGUGUCUAAUCAAAACGCGCUGUUGGGAUAUAUAUGUCAAGUUCCCUUACCGAGUAGUACCGUAACUAUUGAAACUAUCACCACCACCUACAUAAGAAGUACAACUACAACUCCACGUAGUCCAGCACGUUGUCGCGAUGGGUUCACGAGUAUCAAUAAUAAUGCAACUUGUGUUAAGUUGCUCAAUACACCGAUGCUCUUCCAAGAUGCAAAUUUGGCGUGUCGAAAUAUUAGUAAACUAGGAAAUUUGGUUUCAGUUCAUAGCGCACAAACACUAUGGAACUCCUAUUCCUUGCACCUACAUAAUUGUUGCACCACAAAACUCCAUUCCUGAAAUUCGAUUCACGGAUCUGAUCAUGGACUCUUCUAAUUUGAAAAUGAUGCUCUACGGAGCAAUUGAUGACGUCGGCCCAUUCGCAAUACUUACUAACGAUGACGUUUAUAAGUACUACAGUUCGUAUACUAACGUGCUGAAAGUGUCCUUCCAGUGCAAUCCGUGUAAUUCUGAUGGUUACAGAUAUGCAGCGGAUUAUAGAAGUGAUCUGGAUUAA